AUGGCUUUUAAAGUGGGUUUAAUUGCCUUAACGCUUCUUGUUGGAAGCCUGGCAAAACCUGCUAAAGAAGAUGACAUGUCCAUCUUCUUUGACCACACAGACCCCAAAUCACGCAUAGUCGGUGAAAAUGUAGCCGGAACUAGCCCGUGGAUGGUGGUGUUAACCUCUGGAUUCCUAGUCAGAAAUAUAUGGUGUGGAGCCUCAAUCAUCACAGACAGACAUUUGCUCACAGCCGCCCAUUGUAUUGAUGGACAAUUUAUCUUGGGACGUUUGAGCAGAUCUCUUCGCGCUACAGUCGGCAUAAAUCAUUGGAACAGUGGAGAAGUGCACUACAACAUUGCGAGCAACAUCACCCACCCUAACUACGUCUACGAAAUUAUCAAGAACGACAUUGGAAUACUCAUCACCAGAAAUGCAAUACUCUUCACUGAUACUAUUUCUCCUGUGACCUUGAGCUUUGAUGUGGUCGGCAAUGGGGUCGCAACUACUGUCAAUGGAUGGGGAAGAAUACAGGCUGGAGGUGCUGCAUCUGCUCAGCUUCUGGAACUACAAGCCGCCACUAUCGAUGGUCUCGUCUGUAUGAUUGAAGUUCCACGAGUCGCUGCCGAGGUUGACAUAUCAUCGCCUCCAGUGGAACCCCACAUUGAAAUCUGUACCCACCACUCUGUUGGUCAUGGUACUUGCAACGGUGACUCCGGCAGUCCACUUGUAAGGAGCGACACCAAACAACAGAUAGGUAUCGUAUCUUGGGGAAUUCCGUGCGCACACGGUGCUCCAGACAUAUUCGUAAGGAUCAGCGCAUACAAAGCAUGA